AGAGCACAUGCAUUUUUGGCAGUUUCUACCAUGAAGGCGAGUAGUGUCGUUUUGCCUCUUUGCGAGAAAGAUUUUAUUUUGAAAUGCAUUCGAGAUAGAAAGAGGCUUGAUGGAAGAGAAACUUAUGACUACAGAAAGAUCAAGUUGUCCUUUGAUGUAGAUAGAGGUCAUUGUGAAGUUCAAUUAGGAAAAACCAGGGUCUUAGCUCAAGUUUCUUGUGAGAUAACAAAGCCAAGACAAAACAGACAAACAGAGGGACAGUUAUUUAUCAAUAUUGAAUUGUCCUCAAUGGCAUCUCCAGUAUUUGAGGCAGGAAGGAUGACAGAAUAUGGAAUUGAACUCAAUCGAUUUAUGGAAAGGUUCUUCAUAGAAUCUAGAGCUGUGGAUAUGGAAUCGCUCUGUAUUGUUGCAGGAGAAAAGGUAUGGUCAGUUCAUGUUGAUAUCCAAGUUCUUGAUCAUGGUGGAAAUAUUCUAGACUGUGCAAGUAUUGCUGCAAUCACUGCUUUGACUCAUUUUAAGAGACCUGAUGUUUCAGUUGUUGGUGAAGAUGUAACAGUUCAUUCUCCACAAGACAGAGAUCCCGUACCACUGAGCAUUCUUCAUAUGCCAAUAUGUGUAACUUUUGCUUUUUUUGAUAAUGGGUAA